AUCCGGGCUCCUGGCGGCGGCGCUGCGGUUGCUCGCCCGAGACGCGGCGCGCAGGGCGAGUGGGUAGCCGCGCGGACAGCUGCGGGGCGCUCCCGGGCGGCCGGCGGGGCCGAGCGCCAGGCGUCCCGAGCAUGGCAGGCUCCCUGCCUCCCUGCGUGGUGGACUGUGGCACCGGGUACACCAAGCUUGGCUACGCAGGCAACACUGAGCCACAGUUCAUUAUCCCUUCAUGUAUUGCCAUCAGAGAGUCAGCAAAAGUAGUUGACCAAGCGCAACGAAGAGUGUUGAGGGGAGUUGAUGACCUUGACUUUUUCAUAGGGGAUGAAGCUAUUGAUAAACCUACGUAUGCUACAAAGUGGCCCAUACGACAUGGAAUCAUUGAAGACUGGGAUCUUAUGGAAAGGUUUAUGGAGCAGGUAGUUUUUAAAUAUCUUCGAGCCGAACCUGAGGACCAUUAUUUUUUAAUGACAGAACCUCCACUGAAUACACCAGAAAAUAGAGAAUAUCUUGCGGAAAUUAUGUUUGAAUCGUUCAAUGUACCAGGACUCUACAUUGCAGUUCAGGCAGUGCUGGCCUUAGCAGCAUCAUGGACAUCAAGACAAGUUGGUGAACGUACGUUAACAGGGAUAGUCAUUGAUAGUGGAGAUGGAGUCACCCACGUGAUCCCAGUGGCCGAAGGUUAUGUAAUUGGAAGCUGCAUCAAACACAUCCCGAUUGCAGGUAGAGAUAUUACGUAUUUCAUUCAACAGCUGCUAAGGGAGAGGGAGGUGGGAAUCCCUCCUGAGCAGUCACUGGAGACCGCAAAAGCCAUUAAGGAGAAAUACUGUUACAUUUGCCCUGAUAUAGUCAAGGAAUUUGCUAAGUAUGACGUGGAUCCCCGGAAAUGGAUCAAACAGUAUACGGGUAUCAAUGCCAUCAACCAGAAGAAGUUCAUUAUAGACGUUGGUUACGAAAGGUUCCUGGGUCCUGAAAUAUUCUUCCACCCUGAGUUUGCCAACCCAGACUUUAUGGAAUCCAUCUCAGAUGUUGUCGAUGAAGUAAUACAGAAUUGUCCCAUCGAUGUGCGUCGUCCGCUGUAUAAGAAUGUUGUUCUUUCAGGAGGCUCCACGAUGUUCAGGGAUUUUGGGCGUCGCCUGCAGAGAGAUUUGAAAAGAGUGGUGGAUGCCAGAUUAAAGCUCAGCGAGGAGCUCAGCGGUGGGAGAAUAAAGCCCAAGCCUGUGGAGGUUCAGGUAAUCACACAUCACAUGCAGCGCUAUGCCGUGUGGUUUGGAGGCUCAAUGCUGGCCUCAACUCCGGAGUUCUUUCAGGUGUGUCACACCAAGAAGGACUAUGAAGAGUACGGCCCCAGCAUCUGCCGCCACAACCCCGUCUUUGGAGUCAUGUCUUAGUAUCCGCCUUGACAUCGUUGUUCAGCAGCGUCAUGCUGGGGAACAAGUGCCCUUCAGAACCCAGGGAGACUGCAGGUCCUGUAAAUAAUGACGUCUAGUGUUGAUGUCCCAGCAGCGUGCUUGCAUCCCGAGCGCAUGACGCACAGCAAGUUCUCAGUAACAGCCAUUUAUCCAUGUGCUGACUGUUGUAACCCACCCCCUCGUGCCCUCUCUCUUACUCCUUUCCCUUCUUCCUCUUCGCUUGAGCUUCUAGUUGACAAAUACAAUUCUGAAGGAAUUCAAAUGUGACUUUAAAAAUUGUUAGAGGAAAAAAAGUAAGAAAACAACGCAAAAUAGUCCCUCCCUCCAAAAGAAUGUGUGGGUGUAAACCCUUUUCCUCUCAGCCUAUUUUUGUAAAUAAAAUGUUAUAAACUUGAAAUACAAAUCGAUGUUUAUAUUUCCUAUCAUUUUGUAUUUUAUGGUAUUUGGUACAACUGGCUGAUUCUAAGCACGAAUAGAUAUUGAUGUCAUGGAGUGCUGUAAUAAAAAGUUUUUAAUUGUGAGGCAUGUUCUGAUAUGUUUAUAGGCAAACAAAACAGCAAACUUUUUUUGCCACGUUUGCUAGAAAAUGAUUAUACUUUAUGGGAGUUGACAUGAAGUUUGAACAUUGACCAGUGUUGUAAGAGAAUUAUUACAGAUAUUAUAUCUUUUAGUUUUUUUGUUUGAACUUUCUGGAACUAUUUUAUAGAAGAUGAUGGUUUGUUGUUGGUGAGUGUUGGAUGAAAUACUACCUUGCACCAUUGUAAUAAAAGCUGUUACAAUCUUUAUAAAUA